AGAGAGAGAGAGAGAGAGAGAGAGGGAGGAGACACUUUCCCAGCUAAAAGAGAAGAACCAUGACUACUUGAAAAGGAAAAGAAAGAAGUGGAAUUUGAGGUUACUAGGUGCUACAAACAGUUACGACUAGCUCACUUUUUGACUGACACAACUUGAAGUUUGUCACAUGAGGAGCUAAGAGUGAUCGAUCAGAAAAGAGAGUGACAGAGACAGACAUAGCCCCUAGACCCAAUAAGCUUAGCUAGUGAACAAUGAUGAAGAUUCAGCUUUAAUUUGAAGCAGUGGGCGUGAGAAACACCUGCAGAAUCUGAAAGCACUUUCAAAGACGCUCUCUUUCCUUUCUGGGUUCUUUCUUUUCUUUUCUGGGUUACCCUUUGAUUCCAGGUUUGAGUUUGAGUUCGAGUCGAGUUCGAGUUCUCAGCUCCAGAAAUUGAUCGCUUUCGGCUCCGGAAGUUGAAGAAGUGCUGAGAGUUCAGUGACGUAUUGGAGAAGGUGAAGUCAAGAAAAGAAACCAAUUAAGUCCGGACAGGGCAGGGCAGGGCCGGGCCGGGGAGGGACCUACUGCUUAGUUUUGGCGGGCAGCAACGGUCACUAUCAAUGAUUUUCUGUGGGUUCACUCUGCUACUUCUUCUGCCUUUCUCACUGAGACGAGACGACCCAUCUUCUUCUAUCUACUCAACUCACUUACACUUACUGGUGGUCAAUUUUUGAUCGUUCAUAACCCAACUUCUUCUCUGCCUUUCUCGGUUGCUUCAUCGCCAAUUGGUUUGAUUCAGCUGCCCGAUCACAGUUCAAAACAAGUGCUUGGGUGGGCUGUGACCCCAAAUUUCAGCAGAUCUCAAUCAUAUGAGGAGGAGAUCUUCUACUCUGCCUGUGGUGGAUGUGUUUGUGGUACUUGUUGCAUUGUUCACCGGUGCUCCGUUUCCAUGGGCUGCUGUCAAGGGCAGUCAUCCACAUUGCAAGAAAUUAAGGGAAAACUCGGGCAUUCGACCUCACAGUGUCACCAUCACUGAAUUUGGCGCAGUUGGUGAUGGGGUCACUCUCAACACCAAAGCCUUUCAGAAUGCCAUCUUCUAUCUCAACUCUUUUUCUGACAAGGGUGGGGCCAAGCUUUUUGUCCCCGCUGGCCGGUGGUUGACAGGAAGCUUCCAUCUCAUCAGUCAUCUAACCUUGUGGUUGGAUGAAGAUGCAGUCAUUCUUGGAUCAAUGAACUCAGAUGAUUGGCCAGUUGUUGAUCCCUUGCCAUCAUAUGGUCGAGGAAGGGAGUUGAUGGGGGAAAGACAUCAAAGCCUCAUCUAUGGGCACAAUUUGACCGAUGUUAUCAUAACUGGUCAUAAUGGAACGAUUGAUGGUCAAGGCAGCAUUUGGUGGAAUUCGUUCCGUAACAAAACUCUGAAUUAUACAAGGCCCCAUUUGGUGGAGUUGAUGAACUCAACUGGGGUUGUCAUCUCAAACCUGACUUUCUUAAAUUCACCAUUUUGGACCAUUCACCCAGUAUACUGCAGCCAUGUUUCCGUCCAGAAUCUCACAAUCCUUGCUCCUCUCAAUUCACCAAACACGGAUGGCAUCGAUCCAGACUCUUCUGAUAAUGUCUGCAUUGAAGACUGUUAUAUAAGCACCGGUGAUGAUCUGAUCUCCAUCAAAAGUGGGUGGGAUGAGUAUGGCAUUUCAUAUGGUCGUCCCAGUAGAAACAUUCUCAUUCGCGGGAUUACGGGGAAAACUCAAACAAGUGCAGGAAUUUCAAUUGGAAGUGAGAUGUCUGGAGGUGUUUCAGAAGUUCAUGCAGAAAAUCUCCAUUUUUUCGGUUCUCAUACAGGUAUCAGAAUAAAGACAUCUCCGGGAAGGGGUGGUUAUGUCAGAAAUAUCUCUGUGUCAAAUAUGACCUUGGAUGGUGUAUAUAUAGCUAUAAGGUUCACCAGUCACUAUGGAGAACACCCAGAUGAGUUUUUUGACCCAAGUGCCCUCCCUAUCGUAGAACAGAUUACUUUUAAAGAUGUCAUAGGCGAUAAUAUCAAAACUGCAGGCCUCCUAGAGGGUUUAGAAGGUGGCAGUUUUCAGAACAUUUGCCUAUCCAAUAUUAUCCUCAAUGUAACAUCAAAGUCCCCAUGGAACUGCUCUUCUAUUCAUGGAUAUUCUUACUUUGUUUCUCCAGAAAUCUGUCAGCCUCUGAAGGAGAGUAUCUCCCCUGAGCAUUACUCGGAUUGUUACCAUCUAUCAGAUCAGAAAUGGUUUUCCAGUGCAUAAAACAGAGGCUAUCUUGGUGGAUUACCCUGUGUGAAUGUUGAAAAUUGAUUCUUGCCAUCUCUCAACACAAAGAAGUAUUGACUGGUUUGUGCCCUUUGGGGUGGGUACUAAGAGAUAGGUUUCUCGUAACUUUGUGUGCAGUAGCAAAUAAUUAAGUGAUUUUGUUAAAAGUUAGAAAUAUAAUGAUUUUAUGCUUCCAGAAACACUUUGUUUCCCUCUUGCCUUUUAAAUUAUACAAUAGAAAAGAACGAUGUUCAGUUAUACAAUAGAAAAGAAGGAUGUUCAAUGCGGC